UAACACGCGCCGGGGCAAGCCCGCAACACCAUCCCGUCCUCAGAUCAGUGGCGGCGCAAACCAACCAAACCAGCCUUGCCUUUCCUUCCCCAACAAGAAGCUGAAUCUGAAGCUAUCGACUUUCUUUCAAGUUGUCUGUUUGGAAACCGCCUUGGACUUCAUCACUUGACGGGGCCAGACAAUUUAGACCCAAAGAACGCUCCCGACGGUGACCUGCAGCUACCCCUCCGCCCCGUGCCAGACUCCAGCACCUUCGGUUCAAGGUGGGGCAGAGGUGCCAUCCGUCUCCCACCUUCAGCGACCCUUCUUCAUUCACUCUUCUGACCGCCACCAGAAAAAAAAAGAUAUCUUUUGACUGAUUGCUGGCCGGUACCAUCUGCUGAAGGACAUCUCACGAAGCCACGCACGAAGCCAAACUCUUCUCAGCGACCUUAACACCGCUAAGCGCACACCUUCGCCAUGGACGAGGAUAUCUCCAACUUCGUCGCCAUUACGGCAGCCAGCCCGGAGGCCGCUCGCGGCUUCCUGGAGAUGACCAACAACAAUCUGGAGCAGGCCAUACAGCUCUUCUUCGAGAACCCCGACAUUCAGAGCAGUUUCAACCAGCCAGCCGCCACCUCUUCGACAGCGCCCCCAGUGCCCUCGAGCACCCGACCGAAUGUUGGACGGCAGGAUGAGCGUGGGGUCAUUCACAUAGAUAGUGAUGACGAUGGCGAUACUGCCAUGACGGUGGACGAUAUGGACGAUAACUUUGGACACGACGACUCCGAGAUUGCGGCAAACGAACAGGUGGCGGCCAUUGCCCGAAGUGCCCAAGAGGAAGAGGAUGCCGCCAUGGCCAAGAGAUUACAAGAGGAACUUUACGGCGGUGGUCCUGGAGGAGGUGGUGGCGGCGGCGCUGGAAUUGGCGGUGGCCAUGAUGAUGUCAGAUCACCCAUCGCCAGAACCACCGAGACGCUGGUUGGAGGUUACGACGGUGACGAUGGUAUGGACAUGGACACCAUCAUCCGGGCACAAAUGAGACAGAGAGAAGCCGCCAGGGCAGCUCGAGCUGGUGGUGGAAACCCCUUUGCUCAUAACCUGUCCAUUUGGGAUGAUGACAGCCCAGCUGCCGCCCAGCCCGCCCAACCCGCUGCAACGGAAGGCGGCACGCGAGCCCAGAGACUGGCAGAGCUGUUUCGGCCGCCCUACGACAUCAUGUCCAGACUGGAGUGGGACGAGGCGAGACAGGAGGGCAAGGACGAGAAGAAGUGGAUUCUGGUUAACCUCCAGGACAUGAGCGACUUCAACUGCCAAGCCUUGAAUCGGGAUAUUUGGAAAGAUGCGGCUAUCAGGAGGCUAUUGGACGAUGCCUUCAUCUUCCUGCAGUACGACAAGGACGCCAUGGCAGCACAGCAGUACAUCAACUUUUACUUCCACGGCACCGGCCACGAGAACCCCGACAACUAUCCGCAUGUCGCUAUCAUCGAUCCGAGAACGGGAGAGCAGGUCAAGGUCUGGAGUGGAAGACCGUUCCCCAGCGCAUCUGACUUCCACGCGCAGCUGGCCGAGUUCCUGGACCGCUAUAGCUUGGCGGCGAACAGCAAGAACCCCGUAGUGGAUCAAGCAGCGCCACGCCCCAAGACCGUCGAUGUCGACCGAAUGACGGAGGACGAAAUGCUCGAGAUGGCAUUGCAGAACAGUCUUGCGGCGUCCAACGGCGGUAGCAGCAGCAGCUCCAAGCCCAAGACGAGCGUAUUCGAUCCCGAUGCGCUGACCAAGUCAGACUCGUCCAGUGGCCGAGGCCAGGGCAUUUCCCCAGUCGAAGAGGCAGCAGGCGGCAUUACCCCCCCUGCUGAGCCGGCAGCAGCGCAGAGCGCCUGGGCCAAGAUCGCGAGCGACAAGCCGCACACGGAGCCAGAGAACAACCCGGCAACGACGACGAGGAUACAAUUCCGACACCCUACUGGACGUGUUAUCCGUCGGUUCAAUCUGGACGACCCGGUCAGACGCAUCUAUGAGUGGCUCAAGGCUGAGCCCCUCGAGGGCAAGGAAGGGGUUGAGGUUGAAUUGAAGCGUAUGCCGCAGGGCCAAGACUUGAGCGACGGGUUGGACACGACCAUCAUGGAAGCCGGCCUCAAGAACGGCACCGUAAUGAUUGAGUUCAUUGAGGACUAGAAGCGUCGGUUACGGGCAAGGUGCAUUUAUUCAAGCAGGGCCAGGGCCAGGGCAUGGCCGAUAGAAUCGGAACUGGACAGGCGGAAGGAAGCCUUCUUUCAACAUUGUUCGUUUGGGCUCUUCUCAUACAUACCACGAUAUCCGGCGAGGGCAGGCAGGCAGGCAUGGAAGGACGUAGUUUAUCGAGGACCACGGGUAGCUCAACAGAGUCAAACAGCGGGCCGGAAGAUUUGGACGGCCAUCCACCGUAGGUAGACGUUUGUUAACACAGAGACGGCAUCAAUAGACAGGG